AUGGAGUCUGGUCCAUACUCUGCCAAUUCAACCAGCGGAACAGCUGCCAAUUUUGGUGGCACUGAAAGGCUUCCUAUCACUCAGGCGCAGAUGACCACGCAAGACAGCAUGACAGCUUCCACAUCUGGAGCACCAAACAUCCAGGCUAAUUCUAGCUUCAGCAUGACCAGCCAACAGCAGGCUGCUCCCCAUUCCUCCUCCUUAGACACACAAAUGGAAAUCAUUCAUGGUGUUGCUAAUCCUUCGACUGUGCCACCUCCAGACAGACCUGGGAGACGCACAAAUCAGCUUCAGUAUCUUCUGAAAAGAGUUAUAAAUUCUCUGUGGCAUCAUCGUUGUUCGUGGCCAUUCUUGCAGCCCGUAGACGCCAAAGCGCUCAAUCUAACUGAUUAUCACGAAAUUAUCAAAACUCCAAUGGACAUGGGAACGGUGAAAAAGAGACUAGAGAACAACUAUUAUCAUAGUGCGAAUGAAUGUAUAGAUGACAUGAACACUAUUUUCGAAAACUGUUAUUUGUACAACAAUCCGCAAGACGUUGUGGUUAUCAUGGCUAAGACUCUAGAAAAAUUGUUCAUCAGCAAACUCUGUGGAAUGCCAAAGGAGGAAGUUGAUCUGCUGAAUUUGCCAUCAGCUCCAAAAAAGAAACGAAAGCCGAGAAAACCACGUGGAUCGGCACACAGAAGAAGAACCAACUCAGCAGUCUUGUCUUCCACCUCAGAAUCAGUGUCAAAUUAUGGUCCAUCUGCAGGAGUUCCCGCUAGUGCUGCCGCUCACCUUCCACCAGCUCGUCAAAUGACCUCGAUGCUGCCAUUGGUCAUGCAGGGGCCAGCACCUAGCAUGACAGUACCCCAGACCGCGCUGGUCUCUCCUGGCCAGGUCGAGGCGAAGAAAAGCCUUAAAAGAAAAAAAGAACCCACGGACAUCCAUCCGCAGGCCAAAAAAGCAAGAAGGGGUCCAAUGUCCGACUCAAUGAAGAUCUGCCACGAAAUUCUCCAAGAGCUCUUUUCAAAGAAGCACUCGGCUUUUGCUUGGCCGUUCUACAAACCUGUCGACACCGAGCUCCUAGGACUAUAUAAUUAUCAUUCCAUUAUAAAAAAACCCAUGGAUCUAGGAACAGUGAGGGCAAAGUUAAACAAUCGAGAGUAUAGGAGCAUAGAUGAAUUUGCUUAUGAUAUAAGACUCAUGAUCGACAACUGUUACAAGUUCAAUCCUCCUGAUCAUGAGGUAGUCAAUAUGGCCAAGGAUCUUGAGGAGGUGUUUGAGACCAUAUACGCUUAUAUUCCUGCUGAAAUGCUUGUAGCGCCAGUUCACGUCGAAGAACCUGUCGGUGAAGGUUCAUCUGUGAGCAAAGAUGAUGAUGUCGACAAACGUGCACAUAAUAAGCUCCGCCAUCUCGAGAGCAAGGUUAGCGCUGUCAGCACUUCAACACCCAAGCCUGAAGCUAAGGGCAAAGCUGGAAGAGGUGCUGGAGGUGUACCCCUGAAUGCAGGGCCUGGUGUUUCUGGUGCUCUACCUGCCAAACCUGCUGACCCUCGCAAGGCGAAUGCUGCAGGCGCAAUCCCUCAUCCUCCUAGUGCUGCGCUAUUUGUGAAAUCUGAAGACAAGUUCCACGUGAAGCAUGUGUCUUACAAAGAAAAGUGUAAAUUAAACUUAGAUAUGCAAAAGUUACCACCUGACGAAAUGGCCAAAGUGGCCCAGAUCAUCAAAUCCAGAGAACCGUCACGACUGAGGGUUUCAAACACUGAUGGCGACAUAGAGAUUGAUUCCGAUGCUCUGAAGCCAUCAACACUUCGAGAACUGAAAUCUUACAUUGCUUCUUACUUGAGGAAGAAAUACCAAGGAAGAAAUUAUGAUAAAAUAGUACCAAAGUCGAAAGAUGAGCAACUGCAAGAAUUGUUGAAAAAAGUGCAAGAAGUGAAAGGCCAGCUGGAAAGCGCGAAAAUGGCGCUUAAGAAAGAUGACAAGGGCAUAGGACGAGUGGGAAUUAGCGGUCAGCAUGGACAACCCAUGAGCCAAUCAUCUGCUUAG